AUGAGAUGCACAGUAAGAACGAAGAAAACUCUCGUCUUUGGCAUUGGAGGAGGCAUGCUCGUAGUGGGAGUGUUCUUGGGAGGAUUCAUGAGCAUGAUAGUGGACAGUAUUUUAAAAUCUCAACUAGUUUUAUCUGAAGGUUCGACAAGCUACAACAACUGGAUAGAACUUCCCAUCCCGAUGUACAUGGAAUUCUACAUUUUCAAUGUUUCCAACGCAGCUGAGUACGAACAGGAUCCAACAAUUAAACCGAAUUUAGUGGAAAUGGGACCAUAUGUAUACAGGGAAUAUCAUAAAAGAAAUAUCACAGCCUGGAAUGAGAACGAAACGGUAACUUUUCAGAAUAUAAGAACAUGGUACUUUGAUGAAAAAAAUUCUGUUGGCCCUGAAGAUGAUCUUGUCACAACUAUAAACGUCGUGCCUGCGGUUCUUAACUACAUGUCUCGUCACAUGAGUACUGGGAAAAAGCUGGUUGUUUCGUCACUUUUGGAUAUCACUAACGAAACAAUGUUUGUGACUAAAUCUGUGAGGGAAUUAAUGUUCGACGGAUACUUCGAUCUUCUGCUCAACUUUACAAAUGAGCUGUCAUUACCAAUUCCAUUUGAGGAGUUCGGAUACUUUGUUGAUAGGAAUGGCUCGGAAACUUACGAUGGUGUGUUCAACAUGUACACUGGCGAGAGCAAUCUAGACCUUCUGGGAACAGUGGCAAAUUGGAAUUAUAUGAAUGAAACUCCUUACUUCGAUUCGCCGUGCAACAGCAUCAGCGGUACCACUGGAGAACUUUGGGCGCCAAUCAAAAGCACAGCUGACGUCGGAAUAUUUGCUCCUGAUGUUUGUUCGACACUGAGGAUGAGGUACAGCGGCGAAGCGGAGAUCCACGGGCUGCGCGGCUACGGCUACCUGCUGUCGGAUGACGUGUUCAAUGCAAGCAGCACGGAGGGCGCGUGCUUCUGCCUGGCGGGCAAAGACUGUGCGCCGGCGGGGCUCAUGAACGCGUCCGCCUGUCGCUUCAACGCGCCCGUCUUCGUCUCGAGACCUCACUUCCUGCUCUCGGACCCCUCGCUGGGCGCUGCCGUCCAGGGUCUGCAGCCCGACCCGGACAAGCACAACUUCACGCUCGGCAUUGAACCGUUCACGGGAAUCCCCCUGUACGUGAACGCGCGUCUCAUGCUGAACGUCAUGCUGGAGCCUGUGGAGCUAGUUUCGUUCUACGAAAAGCUGCCCCGAAGAAUUUAUUUUCCGGCUUUCUGGUUUAAUCAGAAGGCAGUAUUAACAGAAGAUUUAGCUAUGCUGGCAAAGUUUAUUAAGAAUGCGCCUGCCCUCGGUAUGGGUCUUUUCUUUGGCAUGGCAGGCAUCGGCUUGAUAAUGGUGUUCGUCGGCGGAAUGUUGACGCUGCGCCAUGGAUGGAAAGAUUCGUAA